AAGCAAGAUGGAAGACCAACAAGAUCAAUUCACAUUUUUGAUGAACACUAUGCAACAAUUGGUUGAUUCUCAACAAAACUUGACAAAUGCCAUGGAAGCAGGAGGAAAUGCACCUAAUAAUCCAAAAAUUAGU